ACCACUUGCCUUAAAAGAAAGUGAAAAGAAAGAAAGAAAAAGACAAAUCGACCCAACUCAAAGCUUCCGCUUCCCAGGUAACCGGGCUCCGGCCAUACACCGGGCAGCCGGCCGGCCGGCCGGCGCAGCAAUGGCGGAGGUGUCGUCCGGAGCCGUGAGCUCGCUGCUGGGCCUCCUCCAGAAGGAGCUGCAGCUGCUGGGCCGCGUGGGGAGCGACGUGGAGUUCAUCAGGGAGGAGAUGGAGAGCAUGAACAGCUUCCUCGAGCACCUGUCCGCGACGGCGCACCUCGCCGGCGGGCACGACAAGCAGGUUCGCACGUGGAUGAAGCAGGUCCGCGACCUCGCCCACGACUGCAGCAACUGCGUCGACAACUACCUGCGGAGCGGCGACCUGGCCUUCCACCUCGCCAGGGGCGGCCUCCGCCCCUACGCCUGGUGGGCCUACUGGCUGGUGAAGAAGGCGGUCGACCAGCACAGGGCGGCCCUCCGGCUGCGCGAGCUCAGGGACCGUGUCAGCGACGUCGGCAAGCGGCGGCUGAGGUACGGCGUCGAGAUCCCCGGAAAGGCGGCCGGGGGCGGGGCCUCGGGCUCCUCCACGGCGGCGCAAACCCUGCCAUCGUCUCAAGGCCGUGGCGCACCGCCUGCGGUCGUCGCAGACGAAGACGACGACGACGACAACACUCAGUAUCAGGUGGCGGCUGCCGUGGCCGGCAGCGCUCCUGAUCCCCGUCGAACCGCUCUGGAGCCUCGCACCCUGGAGGACUUUUGCGCCGAGAAGGUCGCCACCUGGGUCAGCAAGGAGGCCGAACAAACGCAGCAGCAGCACUCGAUACCGUCCAUCGCCAUUGUUGCACCGGACGACGCAGACGCCUCCGCCUCCGCCGCGCAAGCGGCGUUCGACUGGGCGGCCACCCAUUUCGACAGGAGCGUCUCCAUCGACCUCCAGGCGCUGCACUACUCAUGGGAACUCCCGCUGCUACCGCGGGACAUCCUCUGCAACAUCUUGCUCGAAUAUCAAUGCAGCCAUCAGGGCAGCACCACCGCCACAGAUGAAGCCAAGGAUGGCGACCGCAUUCGACAGAAAGCGCUUGAAGACAGACUGAGCAUCAGCGACGAAAUAUGGGAGAAGGCUGACGUAGUGGAUGUCUCCGACAAGAUCGAGCAGGUCAUGGCCAAGAUCGAAGAGGUCGCCGGUGCAACGGCUCAGCUCCUCGACAGCAAGAAGCAGCGAUCAGAGAGAUCCCCCGCUGCUGCAGCUGCAGGAGGUGGCAUCUCGUUGGAUGAUCCCCUGGGCGUGCUCUACCAGGCGAUGUGCCUCAUCGCGUACGACAAGAUGAACCCCCACAUGCUGGAGAUACCAUCGGACGAGAUCAUGCAAGAGACGGCCAUGCUGCUCGAGAAACACAUGAAAUCUGUCAGGCCUGAGCCCCCGAUCCAGCUUGCUUCUGCUCAGUACCAGCACGUCCUGCAGAAGGUGUUCAGCCAGCAGCCCACACAGCAGCAGUCUGAUGAAGCCAACAACAGUGCUGCUGCUACCACAUUGGGUGAGGAUCGCAUCAGACAAAUCCUCAAGAACCACGAGACUACACUAGACAACCACAAGGCUACACUGGGCAUCAUCCGGGAGCUGCUGCUUCGCCGGCCGCAGCUUCCGGAAGGCAACGGCGACUCGAUCGAUGAACAAGCCGGAGCUGGCCAUGUCCUGCUGCUGGAUUCUGACCCUGGUCAGAAUAGUUCUACCGAUGUUGAUGCCACGAGACAGGAGGAUCAGAAUCCCAAGGAUCAGAUCAGGGAGAAAUUUGCCGCUGCUACAGUCGAAGAAACCAAGGAGAAGGUCAUGGAGAUGGCGUGGGAGAUUCGUGGCGCGCUGCGGAUCAAAGGGAUAGUGGACAAGAUCGACGUGAUCCUGGAGAGCAAAAGGACGCUGUUCAUCCUCAUUGAUGAUGGCAAGUACAUGUCCGAGUGGGAGGAGAUCAGACAUGCGUUGAGCCUGUUGGCUUGUUGCGCCAAUGGCAGUGCGGUGAUAGUGGUCACGAAGAACAGCGACAAGGCCAGAGAGUUUUGUUCUAAACCAUCGGAGCCCAUAAACUACUCCCUUGUUGGUCUCUACCAUGACAUUCUGCUCAAGGUUACAAGCCGAAGGAGGAGCAAUGAAGGCGGCGGCGACAACAACUCCCAGAUCUUCCGUGAAAUACUGGACAAGUGUGAUCCAGACGAGUUCUGCAUGAGGAUGUUCGCUCAUGCGUUGUACGUGAAUCCCAACAGGAGCAGCGAAGAGCUGCGCAGGCUGUGCGCAUCCCUGCAGCAGGUUCCCAAGAACAACUCAUUGGCCACUCAUGCUGCCAAUGCCAAGACGAUCUUCAAGUUCUCCUACAGAGAUCUGCCAAGGGAGCACAAGACAUGCUUGCUGUACCUGGCCAUCUUCCCUCGAGGUCACAGCAUCAGGCGGUCGACCUUGGUCGAGCGAUGGGCUAUAGAGGAAGUGAUCACGAGGGAGGAUUGGCCCACCGUUGUGCGCCACGCGAAACGAUGCCUCGAAGCUCUCGUCGACCGGCUGCUUGUCUUGCCCGUGGAGCUCAGCAGCACAGGAAAGGCCAAGAGCUGCAUGGUAGAUGGUUUAGUCCAUGAAUUCAUCAGCAAGAUCGCCGGCAAAGAGCACAUCCUGGACGCUCGCCUGUCACAGCUCCGGGCUCGGCACUUCUCCACCUUCAGUGGUCUUCGACUCCGUGCCUCUGAUAGCAUCGACUCGGUUCUGCAGAAGCUCACUAAAUAUUUACCCAAGCUGCGGCUGCUCAAGCUGCUGGAUCUGCAAGGCUGCCGUUGCUUGAGAAAGAGCCACCUGAGGGACAUCUGCAGCGUGAUAUUGCGCCUCAAGUAUCUAAGCCUGAGGGGAACAUAUGCUGAUGAUCUGCCUCGUGAAAUCAACAACCUCACCGAGCUAGAGGUAUUGGAUAUCCGUCAAACCAAAGUGCCUGAGAGUGCGACAAGAAGUAUAAUUCUCGAAAAGCUGAGGCGCCUACUUGCUGGUGGCCAAAUUGAUCCAAGCACAAGUCGUGAGGUUGAUAUGCCAUUAUGCUCAGCUGUCCAAAUCCCACGCAAAAUCAGCAAGAUGGAAAACAUGGAAGUACUGUCCAACGUGAUGGCAUACUCAAAGGAUGGAGCUGAGUUGAAAGUGAUUAGAAAGCUAGGGCAGCUGAGGAAGCUUGGUGUGGUUCUCAAUAACAACAGAGAGCACCUUAGAAAUCUGCUCUGGGCUAUCAGUGACCUGAAAGAAUGCCUGCAUUCUCUUUCGGUCAGCAUACUUCCAUCUGCAGAUGAGGGUACGACUCCUCCCGACGAACAUCUGCUGGACCAUGACUUCCACGAGCAGUUGACACAACCCCCCAAGGUUCUUGAGAGCUUAAGCAUUGACGGAUUCACAGAUAUCGUGGAACUGCUCACACUGUUUGCUCAAGGCAGUGAUGAACUUACCAAGGUAACUCUACGUCGCACCUUGUUGACAAAAGGAAAUCUGAUCCACAUCGCCUUGCUUCCCAAAUUAAGCUGCGUCAGGCUCCGAUAUGAUGCAUACAAGGAGACCAAUCUCACAUUUGGGAAGAAAGAAUUCUCACAUCUCAAGAAUCUUGUUGUUGAGUUGGUCCAUCGGACUGACAUGAUCGAGUUUGAAAAGGGAGCCACUCCAGAGCUUGAGAAGAUCGUGCUAUUCCGCACCGAAAUAAAGAAGCUCCGUGGGGUCGGUGCCCUUCCAAAUCUGAAGGAGCUCGAGUUGAAGGAAAAUAGGCUUCUUGUUGUAGAGCCUGAAUAUGGACCAAUUUCUUCUGACCCAGCUAAGCUUGAUCAAGAUGGAACAGCUUCUGCUGAGACAGCUAUACCUAAAGAUGGAACAACUUCUAGGGAGCCAACUAACGAGAUCACGAAGCUUACCUUCAAGAAGGAAGAAUUCCAGCAUCUCAAGUGCUUUCUUAUCGAGGGUCCCAUCAUGCAGAUUGUCAUCCAAUUUGAUGGCGGAUCAGCUCCUGAGCUCGAGAAGAUUGUCUUCUACAACACCAACAUAGAGUCUCUCGUUGGAGUAAGCAACCUUGUAAAACUGAGGGAGAUUGACUUGAAGGGUAAUAGGACCAUUCUUUCAUUAUUUGACUCUGCCAAUCAUAUCGCCAAGGUAACUCUUGCUCAUACCCACCUUAAGCAAGCUGAUCUGCAAAAUCUUGCGAAGAAACCAAAAUUGUGCUGGUUAGUUCUCUUGGACAAUUCUUACGAUGACAGCCAGCUUACCUUCAACAAAGAUGAGUUCCCUUUCCCCAAGCUCAAGUACCUUAUUGUCAACUGCACAAGCAUAUCCAGCAUCAACUUCGCCAAGGAAUCUGCCUGUAAGCUUGAGAGGAUGAUCUGGUCCUUCACCGAGCUGGAAUCUCUCUCCGGCAUUGACAACCUUCCGGAGUUGAAGGAGAUCGAGUUGAACGGUGAAAGUGUCCCUGAUCAGGUGAGAAGCGACACUAAUGCACACGACGUGAAACUUAUAAACCACAAGCCACAGCAGCGUCAGGACAGAGCACAAGAAGAAGAAGGGGCGCCACAAGCAAAGAAAAAGGCUUCAAUCUUCUCCAACUUUCCAAAGCAUGGGUUGUGCCAUCUGAUUCCAUGAACUGUUUAGCACAGAAGCUAUAUAUAUAUAUAGCUAAGUGUGCUCAUGUUGUGUUUGGGUUUAAUCUGUUCAGGAUGCUCACAUCUCUGGAUGGAUAUGAGUGUCCAUGUCUUGAGUGAGUGGUGUCUGAGAAUAAGGGCACAUAUGGUUGUGCACAUGUUGUUGUCCGUUGAAUUGGAGUGUGUGAUGUGUGUGGCUUUCCUCUGGACCAUAAGGUAUAUAUGGCUCCAUGUAAAAGUGUGAGACCUUAAUUAAUUGUCAAUGUAAUAGUUGUGUGAAAGUGGAUUAAUAAUACUGUAUG